AAACGAGCGGACGCGCACUCAGUCGAUUCUCCACCAUCUUCUCUCUCCUCCCCACAUCGUCUCUCCGCAGCUUCGCCGUUGUUUCUCCGUCCGUGGGCGUGAAGAAACAUCUGCGGAUGUGAAAGGGGUACUGUUGGGAGUUUCUGUGGCUGCAAUUUCUUGUGGGUUUCGCGAAAGGGGUGUUCUUUCCAGGAGCUUCGGACGGGAGGGGGGUGUUUCUGAGUUUUCUUGGAAGACCCUGAUCCAAUCUUUGACGUAAUUGCGUGUGCUUCGAGAAAGGGUCUCGCUCGCAUUGAAUCUGGGGUUUCGCUUUGCGCGUGGCAUCGUCGGCUCCAUUCGUUUGCGAUUGGUGGCGGUGCUGGUAUUUUAGGAGAAGGGGGCAAUGUUUGGGGCUCCUUCAAGCUGAUUUGUUGUGGGGUUUUGGUUGUUUGGGAAUUUGAGCAUUUCAUUUUGUUUUGCUUGACGGCGAUGUGGUCCCUUGGAGUGGCGUUUAUCUGGGGGUUUUCCGAUUGAAAGUUAAAUUAGAGAUUCCCAGGUGCGGAUUCGUUGUCGGGUUUGUGUUCUUGUGCAUGAUAGUGUGAUUGAUUGAGAGUUUGGGUGGAAGAGCAGAAGGUGGGGGUUUUGUUUGGAAGCUUUGAUUGUUGGGUAGUUCUGAUUUCGAGAGAGUGUUGGCGAAUUUUGAGAUGGACGAAUCGCCGAGUGGCUCGAAUUCUCUGCCGCCUUUCCUGUUGAAGACGUACGAGAUGGUCGAUGCUGCCUCCACCGACCCGGUGGUUUCGUGGAGUCAAAGCAGCAAGAGCUUUGUUGUGUGGAAUCCACCAGAGUUUGCACGGGAUUUGCUGCCGAAAUACUUCAAGCACAACAAUUUUUCCAGCUUUAUUAGACAGCUAAACACAUAUGGUUUUAGGAAAAUUGACCCAGAACGAUGGGAAUUUGCGAACGACGAUUUCGUAAGAGGUCAGCCGCAGCUUCUGAAGAACAUCCAUCGGCGGAAACCAGUCCACAGCCAUUCCCUUCAGAAUCUCCAAAAUCAGGGAAGUUCUUCUCCUUUAACUGAUGCAGAGAGACAAGGACUGAAGGAAGAGGUAGAAAGGCUUAAAGGCGACAAGGAAUCUCUUCAGUUGGAGCUACAGGUGCAUGAAGAAGAGAGGAAAGGCUUUGAAGUGCAGAUGCAGAAUUUGAAGGCACGGCUUUUGAAAAUGGAAGAUCGACAGAAGAAUAUGGUGUCUAACUUGGGUAAUGUUCUGCAGAAACCUGGUCUUGCCCUUAAUAUGUUGAUUGAGUCGGAGUUUAAUGAUAAGAAGAGGAGAUUGCCUCGAAUUGGUUACUACCAUGAUGAGGGACAUGGUGAAGACAAUCAUGCUGGGACUCCCCAAACUUUGACAAGAGAAAACAUUGAUGGAGCUUCAUCCUUACCAUCGAUAUUGGAUUUAUAUGAACAAUUGGAAUCAUCGCUCACAAUCUGGGAAUACAUUGCGCAUGAUUGUGAAAACUUUGGUCAGCGCAACUCAACCCUAGACUUCGAUGAGACUACUAGUUGUGCUGAUAGCCCUGCUAUAUCCUGCAUUCAGUUUAAUAUUGAUGCACGGCCUAGAUCACCCACAAUUGACAUGAAUUCUGAGCCCACUGCUGCUACUGUUUUUGAGCCUGCCGUGGUUACUACUUCCGAGCCAGCUUUGACCAUUGCUUCCGAGCCAGCUUUGACCGUUGCUUCUGAGCCAGUUUCCUCUAAAGAACAAGCUGUAGCCACAGCUCCUAAUGUGCCAGCAGGGGUUAACGAUGUCUUCUGGGAGCAAUUCUUGACGGAGAAUCCUGGUUCCUCCGAUGUUCAGGAAGUUCAGUCAGAAAGAAAGGAUACUGAUGGUAGAAGGAAUGAGAGCAAACCCGCUGAUCACAGCAGGUUUUGGUGGAAUGCAAAGACCGUAAAUAACCUAAGAGGACAAUUGGGGCAUCUUACCCCAGCAGAAAGCACUUGAAGUUGGUCGAUUGUUUUUGGGUAUUUUGAUGGCUCGGCCAGGGCAUUGUAAUAUAAUAGGUAUGGGACGGUGGGUCUUGAAAUAAAUAGGUAAUACAUGCUUAGGGUGGCUAGCUUACUGCAAUAACAUUGAUGAGAUC